AUGAGUGCCAACCACCCUGGACAUAUACGUAAUUUAUUUUAUUCAUUACAUUGUAAAUUUAAUUCAAUAAAUAUUUUAUUAUUUUAUUUAGAUAAUCUUAGUAAAGAUCAAGAAGAAAAUCUUAAAGAUUUUUGGAUAUCUAUUAUUAAUAAAAUACUUAGUGAAAAUAAAAUAUCAUUAGAAAGUAUUUUUGAUUCAACAGAUGGAAAAGAAUUAUUUUACAUGUUUGCUAAUGAUAAUCCGGAUGUUAUUUUAUUACGACGACUUCGGGCUAGAAAAUGGAAUGUUAAUCUAGCUUUAGAUCAAUUCAUUCAGACACUAAAAUGGAGAUAUCAAUAUGGUGUUACUCGACUUGUUGCUGAUGGAGAACAUGAAAUUUAUCAUGAAGAACUUCUAACUGGUAAAACAUCAUAUAUAGGAUAUGAUAAAGUGGGUCGUCCAAUAGUUUAUAUUUCUGUUAAAGAUCAUAUAAAAGGGCAAUUUCCAUUAGAAUCAACAGAAAAAUUAUCUGUACUAUCUAUGGAAAUAGAAAAAAAUUAUUACACGAUCCCAUUGAAUCUGUAA